AUGUCUGAAAUACCAACCCCUCCACCUUCUCGUCCAGGAUCGCAAGCUCCCGAAGCUGUGUCGAAGAUCGACGAAGCACCCGCGGAGUUACGGCAAUCCCUAGAUCUUCUGCUGGAGAACUACUUGCUUCUGCUGGAUCGGCAGCAAGCACUGCAGUCAGGCUUAUCGAAGACUCUAGCAUCAGGGUUUCUCUCGCUCGCUCACGCAAACUACACAUGCCCGCCGGGGCGUCGAUAUGGGGCGGAUUAUUACGAUGAGCGGAUGAAGGCGACGCGGAAAAUAUCUAUUCACCGCAAGCCUGUUCACCCGGACGCUGACGCUUCACGAACGGAGGCAAAGCUCACUGGCAAUUCGAUUGUCAAAAACACCGACUAUACGUUCCAGAUCGAGGAGGCGAAGGGGCAGGAGGUUGAAGGAUCUGCUGAUAACUCAGACGCACCUGAGGAAGUCUCAAGCAAAACAACUGAGGCCCAGACCAACGCGGACAAGUCCUCCACAACGGAAAGCCCGAGUGUAUCACAAGGAUCGUCAGGCGAGGACUCGCCUGCAGACGGUCCUACAGAGAGUGCAGCGAACCCUAUUCGCAAAAAGGUUCGCUCCGACAACCCGCUUCACUGGUAUGGGAUUCUUGUGCCAUCCUCGCUUCGCUCCGCUCAGAGGUCGUUCAUGGAGGUCAUAGAGACUCGGGUACCCGAUUUGGCUGGAACGAUUGUGCAGAUGCGUGAUCUUGAGGUAAAGAUUUACGAAACCCGCGCGAAGCUCGGCAUCGAUACUGGGAGGGUCACGACGAAGGAGCAGUAG